AUGUCUCCACAACCUGUCCUCACUGGAGGUUGUCAAUGUGGCCGCGUCACAUACACCAGCACAACUCUCCCCACCCAUUUCACCAACUGCUGCUGUAAAACAUGCAGUCGUCUCUCUGGAGGCCCUUUUUUUACGUUUGCCGACAUUCCGGUAUCAGCUAUUAAUUGGACAUCUGGGGAGGAGUACCUGAUGAAGAAGAGCUAUUCGGAGAUUGCGGAGCGAACCCACUGCGUCGAGUGCGGUACUCCGAUUUCAAUGGUGUACAAGUGUGAGCCCGAGACCAUUGGCAUUACGGCAGCUUCGAUCAAUAUGGGGACUAUUAAGGGGACGCUGCCACAUGUUAAAUCCUAUAUUUUUGUUGGGGAAGAGGCGCCAGCCGGAUGGUAUACGCUGCCGGAUGAUGGCGUCCCAAGAUAUUCAAAGUUCAAUCCUGGCUUUCAAGAAAGGAUUGGUGCUUCGAAGUCUUGA